AUCAAGCAUGGGUUUAGGGUCUUUUCGAUAUUAAUUAUUGUAGCGGCCAAAACUUCUUAAAUAUUCCACUAUAGUCUAGUGGUUGUUAUGUGUUUUCAUCAUUAUCGUAGUGUCACAGGUUCGAACAUUCCUUCUUCCUAUCUUUUUAGUAUUUAAUAAAUACUUAUUAAUUGUUGGCCUCAAAUAUUUUUGGCUUGGGGCCCAUCAAUCUUCAGGCACGGCCCUGGACACCCUCAUUCCUCUCCGUCAACGGCAACGUCUCCAACUGUUAUCGAUGCUCACUGCGUCGACGGUUUCCUCAACCGCUGUCCAAGACUUACUCUCACACUGCAAAACACUAGGCCACAUCAAGCAACUCCACGCCCACAUCCUCCGUACAGUGUCCGACCAUCGCCGCAGCUCCUUCCUCUUCAACCUCUCCUCUUCUUCUUCCUCAAUCAAUAUCAACUACUCUCUCUCCCUCUUCUCAUCUAUCCCCUCUCCACCGGAACCCUUCCUCUUCAAUCUCCUUCUCCGGAACCUCUCCCGUUCCGAUGAACCUAGAGCCACGAUCCUCUUCUACCAGAGGAUCAGACACGCCGGUGGUCGUCUCGAUCAAUUCAGCUUCACUCCGAUUCUUAAAGCAGCCGCCAAAGUCUCCGCCUUUUUCGAGGGUACGGAGCUUCACGGCCUUGCCUUGAAGAUCGCCACACUUUCCGACCCGUUUGUAAAGACUGCAGUUAUGGAUAUGUACGCGUGUUGCGGCAAAAUCGUCGAGGCCCGUAAGGUGUUCGACGAAAUGCCCCAGAGAGAUGUUGUUACGUGGAAUACUAUGAUUGUGAGGUAUUGCCGAUGUGGAUUUUUAGAAGAAGCUUUCGAGCUUUUUGAGGAGAUGAAGUGUUCUAAUGUUAUGCCUGAUGAGAUGAUUCUCUGUAACAUUGUCUCCGCAUGUGCUCGUUCUGGGAAUACGGGAUAUAACAGUGCGAUUUACGAGUUUUUGAAAGAGAACGACGUUAGGAUGGACGCUCAUUUGCUGACUGCUCUUGUAACCAUGUAUGCUGGAGCAGGCUGUAUGGAUAUAGCAAGGGAGUUUUAUACGAAGAUGUCGGUGAGAAGCUUGUUUGUUUCGACCGCCAUGGUUUCUGGGUUUUCAAAAGCUGGGAGGCUCGAGGACGCACGGGAUAUAUUUGACCGAAUGGAGAAGAAAGACUUGGUGUGUUGGACGACGAUGAUCUCAGCUUACGCUGAGAGUGAUCAUCCUGAAGAAGCUUUAAGAGUUUUCGAUGAAAUGUGUCGCUAUGGGACAGAGCCUGAUGAGAUUGCAUUGGGGAGUGUUGUAUCAGCUUGUGCGAGCCUCGGUGUUCUGGAAAAGGCGACAUGGGUUCACGAGUACACUCAUCGUAACGGGUUUGAGUCCUCUUUGACGGUAAACAAUGCUCUCAUUAACAUGUAUGCGAAAUGUGGAGGUUUGGAUGCAGCGAGAGGUGUGUUCGAGGAGAUGCCAACGAAGAAUGUUGUGUCAUGGAGCUCUAUGAUCAACGCCUUUUCUAUGCACGGGGAAGCCAAUGAUGCGCUUGCCUUAUUCGCCAGAAUGAAACAGGAACAUGUCGAGCCCAAUGAUGUUACUUUUGUAGGAGUGCUAUAUGGUUGUAGCCACUCAGGGUUAGUGGAAGAAGGCAAGAAGAUCUUUGCAUCAAUGACGAACGAAUACAACAUUACUCCGAAGCUCGAGCAUUAUGGAUGCAUGGUGGAUCUCUUUGGGCGUGCUAAUCGUUUACCAGAAGCUCUUGCGGUUAUAGAAUCAAUGCCAAUGGCGCCUAACGUUGUGAUAUGGGGAUCACUGAUGUCGGCUUGUAGAGUUCACGGAGAGAUCGAGUUAGGUGAGUUAGCAGCCAAACACGUCCUCGAGCUGGAGCCUGAUCACGACGGGGCGCUUGUGUUGAUGUCAAAUAUCUACGCGAGAGAAGAGAGAUGGGACGAUGUGAGGAAGGUAAGACGAGGAAUGGAGGAGAAGAAUGUGUUAAAGGAGAAAGGUGUUAGCCGGAUUGACUUAAACGGGGAAUCACACGAGUUUCUCAUUGGUGACAAAAGGCAUAAGCGAUCAGAUGAGAUUUAUGCGAAGCUAAAAGAGGUUGUAAGUGAACUGAAGCUGGCGGGUUGUGUUCCAGACUGUGGUAGUGUUUUGGUGGAUGUAUAGGAUUAGGAGGAAGAAAAGAAGGAUUUGAUUCUAUGUCGUUGCAAAAGGCUCGCGCUCUGGUUCGGUUUGAUGCAUAAGGAGUGAGAAGAAGAGAAAGGCUUGAGCGUAAUUAUUCGGAUAGUGAAGGAUUGUCACAAGUUCUUCAAGAUUGGCUCUCUAAAGUGUAUGAACGGGAGAUCAUAACGAGAGAUCAAACUAGGUUUCACGAUUAUAAAGACGCCUUGUGUUCUUGCAGAGAAUGAAUACUGGUGAUGGGCAAAAAUCUCAUAAGUUCUCUGUUCUAUUUGGAACAAAACAAUAUAUUAAUUUCUUUUUUUGUGUAUAUAAUUCUAGAGAGUUUGCACUA